CCUUAAAGAGUAGUUGUCUCCCGAUCGCCUUCCAAAAGCCCUCCAACUCAAGGUAUUAGUGCCUUUCCCUUCCCUCUUUUAUGACUGCGGUUUGGCAUAAUUGGCAUUGCCAGGGCCUCGGUGGUAGAGAGCAUACAACAUACAUGCAUGGACGUCCUUUCUACGAUGUGUCCGACACCAAUUAAGGUGAAUCGGCUCGAUACUAACUCGCUUUCAUUCCCGUGUUACCAGGCUCGUAUGAUGGCUCGUGCCUCCUCUGACCAACUAGUGGAAUUCUCGAUGGAAGAAGUGCAAUCUUCCAAAUACCCCCACUGAGCACUCGCUGCUAGGUCGUCUCUUCAUUAAUAAUCGAAUCACCACUAUGGAAGUGAGGGAUGCUGUCAUCACGCACUGGUAGGUGAAAGGAAAAUUGAAGGUGGUUGUGACCAAGCAUGGAUAUUUUUAAUUUACUCUGCCCUCUGAGGAGACUAAAACUUCUUCAAAGAACGUCGUGGGUGGUUAAAGACUUGACCUUAAAUUUGAGAUCAUGGACACCAAACAUCUCGAAAAAGCUCUAUGAUGACCUGGCUAUGGUCUCUUUGCGUGUACAGACGUGGAACGUGAAGGAGGAUUGUUGUACGCAAUAGUUUGGGAGGAAGAUGGCCACGAGUAAACUCGGCCAGGUCUUAGAGGCUGGGGUUUUUACUAGUCAAGAAACUGGGGAGCGGUUUGUGAAUGUGAGAGCGGUGAUUGACCUCACCAAACCGUUGCGAUCACAAAUCAUGGCGACCAAUGAUGAUAUUGGGUGUUUCUGGGUAUCACUGAAGUACGAAUAUCUACCAUCCUUUUGCUUCAAUUGUGGGCGGGUAGGGAACUUCAUCAACAAAAGCACCUUUGAUCCCCCAGCUGGUAAAGAAAGAUUUGGACCGCACAUGUCCACCAAGAAAUUGGGCAUUCGACUGUAUGACUCGGAGGAUGAUGCUCAACAGUACCGUAGCAAAUCAAAGUCAGUAUGGGUCUACACUGCGCUAGGAGAUCGCAUGGAUGGCCAUGUGCACAAUCGGCUCCAGGAAGGGGUAGUCGAGGUGCGUCUUGAUAACCGCCAGGUAGAUGCGCAAGGGAGAGCGAGUCUGAGGACUGGUUCGGGUAAAGCGGCUUUCAGCUACAAGAGGAGAAUCCCAAGAGGGUUCCAUGUGAAGAGGUUGCCGUGGGCCAGGCCUGGUCGCCUCAUCUGGCAGCGUUCCCCGCUGCCAAAAGGAGUUGGGCCCAUGAGGAGCGAUCCUGGUGUGGAUAUACGCCCAAAGCAUGAACAAGGCGGAAGGAGGAACGAGCCGCACAACCACUUCAAGCCCGAGAUAAGGAAUUUGGAUGCGGGCUGGAAUAAGAAGAAUGACAGGCAGGUUGCAGCCCACCCAGCCACUGCUGCGCCAAACUCACGCGGUGGCGAAGGGUUACAGGUGGAGACUGGUGAAAGCAACGAUUGCUCCUCCUCCCAAGGGGACAUAUAAUAAUCAUCGUAAUAACUACACCGAGGAAGAUUAGAAUUUGUGCGAUCCCUCCUCUGAGGAUGAUGCUUCCCGCUUUGAGAUUAAAACUCGGGCCCCUAAGAAGACAACUAUGCAUGCGCCUCAAGGAUUGAAGGGAAGAGUUCAGAAGGUUGUGGCUUAUUUUGAAUCCGGGUUGCACAUCAAACCAGGGGAUGAUGACCAAGGGUAUCAAGCCCUGGCUCCGGAACUUGUGAAAGGAAUGAAGGAUUGGGAGGAAG